GGCAAUCAAAACAAAACUACAGUUCUAUCAGAAUAUAUCUUUAAGCCGAGAAAACUGUAGUUCCCUCUAAAAACCCUAAUCCUCUAAAUAUGGUUAGAGACGUAGAUCUACCCUUACUCUCUGAGGAUGAGAAAGAAGAACCACUCUCGUCGUCACGAUGAAGAAGACGCCUCCACGAACGUUGAUUCUUCUGCUCGCGAUCUACAGCUCGAUUCAUCUCUCGCCGGCGUUUCUUUUCAUCAGUCAACACUUCAACUCCAAGUUUCCGUAGUCUGCCUCAAUCUUCUCAACAUCUCCAUCGCUUACCAACGAUUCACGGCGAGUUCGACUGCGGAACUUACGGCGAGGUUGAUUACAGUGAUCGGGAUACUCGGAAGUGUGUCGUUCGUCUUAGCCAUCUCCUGUGUCACACCACCGAAUCACUUUGCUGUUCUCCGCAACAUCUCCUUCGGAUUCGUGCCAUUAACGAUAGUGGCGCUAAUCAUCUCCCCCUUCCUCUAAUUCCCUCACCAUCGCCAUCUGAAUCUAAUCCUCCGAUAUAAUUUCCGCCUCAUCUCUCCACCUUCUUCAUCUCCCCUUGAAUCUCAUUCUCAUACUCUGUUUCAAUUUCAGCUUUACGUUUCCGGCAUUCGCCAGGUUCUUUUUAGUUUGUAAAUACGCAUCUUUCGUUCGAUCUACUUUCUUGUAAAUAAAACGAGAAAUCGAAAUGCAGUCC